GUAUUUUGGCCAUCGGGACUCCCCCCCCCAUUCAUUUGCAAAAAAGAUACCGUUUCUUAAAGGCGCAGUGGGCGGAGAGUAACAUUUCUGUGCAAACUUGGUUUGAGCAUUUUCCAUGUUAACUUAAAGGCUUCAGUAUUAGUAAAUAGCAGAGAUAUUGAGAUCACUGUUUAGUUGUCCAAAUAGGAAAUGGCAAAUAGGAUUUUCCGGGCUGUGGUGCUGGGUCCUCCGGGCUCGGGAAAGGGAACCAUCUCGGCGAGAAUCGCGCAGAGCUUCGGCCUCCAACAUCUGUCCAGCGGCGAUUUCGUGCGGGAGAACAUUUCUGCGAGCACCGAGGCUGGUAUUUUGGCAAAAACCUACAUUGACAAGGACCUGUUGGUCCCAGACUGUGUCAUGACAUGUCUGCUGCUACCCCGACUGGAGCAGAUGACAAGACACAGCUGGGUCCUGGAUGGCUUCCCUCGGACGCUGGCCCAGGCCUCCGCCCUGAAUGACACAUGCUCCCUGGAUAUGGUCAUCAGCCUCAACAUUCCGUUAGAAACACUAAAGGAACGGUUGAGGCACCGGUGGAUACACCCGGCCAGCGGGAGGGUGUAUAACAUGGAGUUCAACCCCCCUGAAGUCCAAGGUAUGGAUGACAUCAGCGGAGAGCCGUUGGUCCAGCGUGACGAGGACAAGCCUGAGGCACUGGUGGCAAGACUGAGGCACUAUAAAGACAUCGCCAAGCCAGUCAUAGAUUUAUACAGGUCCAAAGGAAUCCUGCACUCCUUCUCAGGGACAGAGACGAACAAGAUCUGGCCUUACAUCAACUCCCUGAUCACGGCCAAGAUUCCUGAGGUGCAGGCCUCUUCACAGCCAGGAACAGUGAUGGGCUGCGGUGAAGACCGUGGGAUCGAAUCUGCUCAGUACAACACGGAAAGGCCCCAAGUGUAAAACUCACCAUGUGUCAGGACAGGCAGAAGCAGAAAACCUAAUAAACAGUCAUUUAGUCCUUUAUUGUGAAAUUCACUGAACAAUGACUUAGUACAUUACAUUUAACAGUGUGUAACAAUAGCAUAUUAUGCAAGAAAAUAUCAGUGAGCUCUAAAACUAUUACUCAACCAAAAAGGUGUUCUGUAAUACCCUAUUUAUCGUGCAUUACAAUCAAUGUUUUAUGCAAUUUUUAAAUUUAAAAAUAACUGAAAUACAAGGUUAUAAGUUAGCGUUUAUGUUAAAAAUCUUCCAGAAUUGGACUAGGAGAUAGUUAGGUAUUAAACAAUUCCAUUACUGCUUUUUGCAUGUUGGUUAAGAAUGAGCAGCUGUCCUGGAAAGAUGUUGCUGUUUCUAUAAAUAAGCGUGUAAGUGAAAUUAUGUGCCCAGAGUAAGUUCUGGUGGGGUAAACACUGAAAUACGGUUCUGAUGCUGUUUCUGUGUAAAAUGAAGAUGGAAAUUUUUCUCCUGUUUGAUGUCCUUACAUGUUCAUUGUUCUUGCAAUUUUUUCUCCUCUGACCUUCAAUGUUGCUGAUUUUUUUUGGGAAAAAAAAAAUGUUUUCGCUUGAAAAGUUUGAAGCUAUUUUGCACCUUUGAUGCGCUUAAAGAAUUUCAUAAACAACUUUCUAAAAGUAAAGAUGUUUAAACUUUUGAGGACCUUGAUGAAGGUGGAAUUUGUCCACUGGUUGCAGUGUUGCUUGCGAAUGUCUUUAUAUUUAGCCAAAAUUAAACUACAUUUCAAGGAGA